UCCUUUAAUCCUGUGAAAUUGUCUCCGGUCCCUUGAUCUUUUCCUCUCUCCCACUUCUUUUUUUUAAACUCCGGCUCAGCAGUUUGUUUACGGUCCCUUGCUUCCCCUUCUUCUCGCGCUGCCGGACAAGUGUCUGCCCAUUGGCAUUCCGGGCGAGCGAAGCUGUUGGUCGCGCUCGAGGGAGGGAGCCGAGCGCCAGAAGCGUCGGCGGAGAUCUGUCAGGCAUUUGCUGAAUGGGAGAAUAUUCAUCGCAUCGGAGCUUUUGAAAGUGGGUCACCUCUCUAUCUGGUCCUCUGUCUGGUUUUAAAAAGAAAAGGAAGCCACAUAAAAUCGGUUUAUUUCUGGUGUUUGGGAGAAGAGGUGGUGGUGGGAAACCCAGUGAAGAUUUCCAGAACAUACCCUCAAGUUUAUCUCUUGGCUCCUCAAGCCAAGCCGUCAUGGACUUCCUAUGGAUGAGCUGAAACGUUUUCAACAGCACCCGGUCUAUCUCCAGCUGCGCAAAAUCCAGCCAGAAGUUGCAAGAUGACCGACGAGCCCAUCAAAGAGAUCUUGGGAGGUUCCAAAUGUCCUCAGUGUGCAACGCUGGAAAAGUGCAACAACAAUGACUGCAGGGUGACAGCCGUGCCUCUGGUGAGCGAGUGCCGGCUGACAGCCGCCACGGGGGGAGCCGAACUCUCCUGCUACCGCUGCACGAUCCCGUUUGGGGUGGUGAUCCUCAUCGCCGGGGUGGUGGUCACAGCUGUGGCAUACAGCUUCAAUUCCCAUGGAUCCAUCAUCUCCGUGCUUGGGCUGGUCAUACUGUCCUCCGGACUCCUUUUGCUGGCGUUGAGCGCAUUGUGCUGGAAAAUCCGACAGAAGAGCAAGAAGACAAAGAGGCGAGAAAGCCAGACGACUCUAGUGGCAAAUCAGAGGAGCCUGUUUGCUUAGAACAGAACAAAACUGCAAGCGAAUAGGGAUGGGGGGAGAGGUGGAUCGCGGAACGGACGAGCCUAUUUAUUUGCAGUUGGGCUGCAGGAUUUUAUUAAUGGCUGAAUCGGAUUUAUUAAAAAUAGGAGCUAAAACACGCUUAACAGCUCAGGAGUCCUUGGUAUCUGUUUAAUCGCAAGCCUGCUUCAAGAUGCACUAGGUUUGGUGUUUUGCGUUGGGUUUUUGUCCUCCUACUCUUCUCUUUCAGCUGACUUCUGUCUUUCAGUUACCCAACUUGCAUCGCAACGGUCAAAUGUUAUUGUUUUCAUUCUUUGAGGGGUGGGAGGGAGUUGCUCUCCAUUUUGUAGUGCAAUUGUGGCCAAGCACCCAAGUAAGAAGGCUCAGAUGGAAAAACGUAGUCUGGUCAAAGUUAGCAGCAGGAAGCUGGUAAUGCAUGUCUGAAAAACUGACAGAAGCCAGGUAACCCACAAUGGCCGGUUCUCUGUUUUGUGGUAGAAUUAACAUGUUUCAUGUGUCUGCAUGUGAAGAGAAGCCUGGUUUGAUGAUCCUUUCCUGAGAAGGACUGUCUUAAAAACUUGGGACAAGGUGUACAGACAGAAAUUUAUAGCCUGCCCUUCCUCCAGAGGCUAUUUAACCUGUCAGUGUUGAUCUGCCAUAAAUUUGGAAGGGACCAUGGCUGCAUCUUAUGUGGAGCUGACAGGGAAAGGGUCAAAUGCCCCCCUCAACAGCUGCCUCUGUGCUUCAAAUUCCACUAGAAAAAGUAGCUAUCAUUCCUUUGUUCCGGGAAUUCCUGUGCAUUGCAAAUCCGGGGUAGGGAACCUGCGUGGACCUCCAGAUGUUACAAGACUCCAAAUCCCAUCAGCCCCAGACAGCAUGACCAAUGUUGAGGGAUGAUGGGAGUUGUAGCCUCAAAGCAGCUGCAGGUAGUUAAGUCCCCCAGCUCUGGUGUUUCUUCUGGAUUAAAUAAAAAAGUUGCACAGCAUGCCAUGUUAAA